AUGUUCCGAUACAUCGUAAGUAUAUAUAUUUCAUCGCUAUUGCUUUUUUUCCCCCCUCACAUAAAAUUGGAAUUUCAUGUUCUACUUGAAUUUCUAAAUACCUUUGGAAAUUUUUUUUUUUGAUAUUCAAGCUUUUGAGCAACGUUUGUUACAAUUUCAGUUUAGUUUCUUUCUCUCUGUGAUUUAUCUUCAAACAUCGACAAAGAUACUCGUAUCUAUAUAUAGUACAAUUUUGAAGGAGAUUAUCAUUCUACGUUCGGAGAUAUAAAAACGUGGCUUUCAUCCAUACGGCUCGUGAAGUGCUACGCUAUUCAACUGACGAGUGAAUUUCAUUCUCUCUUUCAGACUCUCGUUUCUGUCAUCUUGAGCGUGGCCUAUUCUGCGCCACAGUGGUACGGCGGGCCAGGUUAUGGAGGUCCAGCAUACGGCCACGCAGCUCCAGCUCCGUUAGGACCAGACGGAAGGGUCGUGGACACACCGGAAGUCGCUCAAUUGAAAGCAGCUCAUCUAGCUGCUUUGGCCGAAGCGAACGCCAGGGCCCCCAAAGGGCCUGCUGGCCCUUAUCCCGGCCCUGCUGGCCCCUACGCAUCUGGAAGCUACUACAGUGGACCGCCAGCUCCUCUCGGACCAGACGGUCGCGUGGUGGACACGCCGGAAGUGCAACAAGCGAAGGCAGUCCAUUUCUCUUUGUACAACGCUGAAGCGCAGAAAGCACCGGCCGGUCCAGCCGGACCGAAUUCAUGGAACCCUGCGGGUCCCUCCUGGAACAGUCCCCUGUGGAACGCCGGGAACAAUUGGAAUCACUAUUAA